CAUAUGUUUUUGAUGAAAACACAAGAAAAGGAGGGAAAAACUGCAAUUGUUUGUAAUUUGUUUGUUUUACUGUGAAAACCCCGGACAAAACCCACGAUGGGUGGCGGAGAUCUAAACUUGAAGAAAUCAUGGCAUCCGCACACGAUGAAAAACCAGGAGCGCGUUUGGAAGGCGGAGGAGCAGGCGAAGAUGGAGGAGCGCAAGCUGGAGGAUCUGCGCAAGGAGAUCAACGAGGAGCGGGACAGGGAGGAGCUGAGGCGGUUGGGCGAAUCUUCUGGUGUACUGAGUAAUAGUGGUGGAGCAGCCGGCGAGGCCAAACUUGAGUGGAUGUACAAAAACAGCACGGAGCUGAUCAAUCGCGAGGAGUACCUGCUGGGCCGCAAGAUCGACAAGUCCUUCGAGACCCUGCAGGCCGAGGAGCACCGCCAGGAGCAGAGCACCGUGGGCCUCAAGCAGUCCAUCAAUCAUGUGGAGCACGACUGCGUGCCCUUCUCCAUCCGCACCUAUCGCAAUCUGCAGUCCACCGAACAGGUCGACAUGCAGCGCAAGACCCUCGAGGAUCCGCUGAUGCUCAUCAAGCAGCGCGAGAUGGAAUCCCGUCGAAAACUCCUCGAGAAUCCCGUCAAACUAAAGGAAAUCCAUCGCAUCCUCAAGACUGAACAGGAUCUAAAGGCCGCCAAGGAGAAAAAGGCCAAGAAGAGCAAAAAGUCCAAGAAGUCCAAAAAGAAAAAGAGCAAAAGGCGAUCCAGCGAUGAGGAUGACAGCGAGAGCAGCGAUAGCGACGAUGAUCUGGACAGAAAACUGGCCCGCCAGGUCAGCAAACUGAAGGGCGACCACGGCAAUGGUGACCUCAAGUUGGACAAACUGCUGGACGCCCAGUAUCGCACCAUUUCCAAGCAACUAGACAUGGCGACCAAGAAAAAGUCAAAGAAAUCCAAGCGAAAAGGCAGCAGCAGCAGCGACGAAAGUAGUGAUGAGGAGGAAAGGCCCAGGCGACAAAGAUCUAGGGAACAGAGUCCAGAAGACAGAAGGCAGAGGGAGAGACGCAGAAGCAGAAGCCCUCCAGAGCAAAGGAACAGACGGAGGAGUCCAGACGAGAGAAGGAUAGGGCGGAGGAGCAGAAGUCCUCAAGAAAGAAAGGAAAGGCGGAGAAGCAGAAGUCCCCAAGAGCGAAAAGAAAGACGGAGGAGCAGAAGUCCCCAAGAUAGAAAGCAGAAACGGAGGACCAGGAGUCCAGAAGACAGAAAAGAGAGACACCGACGCCCAGAAGAAAGCAAGGAAACCUCUAAACAGAGAGAAAAACGCAGGAGCAGAAGCCCCGAGGAGCGUUCUAGAACCAAACGCAGCAGGAGCCAAAGUUCCAAGAGAGAUGACCGACGAAGGAGCGCAGAAAGACCACCGCAACGAAAGGAAAAGGAGCGCAGUCCCGCUCCCAGUCGUCCCACCGGCAAACCCAAACUCAGCGAAGCCGAUCGCGAAGCUCGACUGCGCGAGAUGAUGGACAAUGCGACUUGGAGGGAAGCGGAUCGCAGCCAGGUGGUCCGCAAGCACCGCGAAGCCUACGCUCGCGAGGAGGCCCAAAACCGUGAACGUGACUUUGACAAGGAGUUCAUCAACAAGGAGGUCAAGAAGGCCAUCGCCAACCACAACUCCAUUGGCGAUCGCAUCCGGGCCAAUCUGAACAACAUUCAGCGCACCGCCUCCUCCAUGGACAGCAACUUUGCCCGCAAAUAAACUAGGAUUCCUUUAUUU